AUGGCCAUCGUGGCUCUGCAUGUCGAAGCGUCAAGCACCAUCUUUGAGGUCACAACAAACGAUAUCUCUGGCAUCCGCAGCCGUGUCGCCGAGCUGAGGCAGUCACCAGAAGAAACUGCGGAAUGGGAAAAGGAGUUGGUUAGAGGCAAUCAUGAUGCAUGGAUCGCUGUUCUUCUGACAUAUCUAUCGAAUCUGUCCUUCUUUCGCGUGAAGUUUGCAACGCUUAUUGGCAAAUACAUUCGUGAUAUCGUGUCACGGGCAGCAACACGAGAGGCACCCUUCACAUCGAUACUGCAGGAGCUCGAGCCACUUAGUGCUGGAAGCAGGCUGGCCGACUGGAUCCCGUUCCAGGCAUAUGAGUUUCUGCCGUUCUUACAGCUCCCAACUAUGAGAGACGUCGAGCUGUGGUGGGGACUGAUUGACUCAGACAACCCGAAUGGUGAUGCCAUGGCAGGCCUUGAACUUGGACCGGGAACUUUGCGCAUCACUACAAUUGAAUCGUUUGGUAACGGCAGGUAUGGCCUAAUGCAUCUUAUAGCAGCCUGCCCAAAUCUCGAAAGUUUUCGUUGGGAGCAUAUAGAUACACAAGCGCCGGGAGCGUCCCGCAGAAGAUUUCGGCCCAGGGCAUUCCACCGCUCCCUUUCAACGCAAAAGCAAAGUCUGGUAGAGCUUUGGCUUAAUGAGAAAGUAUAUAUCGAUGCUUCCCUGGACUUUGAAGAAGAUGAGGAGGGUGAGCAAGAGUCAGAACUAGAUCCUCCUGACAAUUGGUUCGGCUCGUUAGCAGAUUUUGUGAAGUUGAAAGAGCUACGCAUGCGUGUUGUCAAUCUUCUAGACUUCCGCUCCGAGAGUUUCGAACUGAACAAGGCUCUGAAGCUCAUCCUGCCUGGAAGCUUAGAGCGUCUCUCCCUGACGGAGUGUUAG